GCCACCUAGUGCCUCGUCUCACACCAUUCCUAAGCAAAGCAAGCUCACUUCUCUUUCCAGAACCGAAGCAACCGAAAAGGAGACCCCAGUUUCUUCAAGCAGCCGCUGUCACAGCAUUUGCCCCGUCCUGCAGUAAACAGCACCACAAGAUCCUGCGCAAAGGGUGUCGAACUGCCAAUAAGAGGGUGCAUGCACAGAGGAGGAGCUAGAUGGAAGCAAGCAAGCAUAGGCCAAGAAAGCACAGAAUGGGCAGCAACAAGAGAGUGCCCCCGUACCUCCUGCUGGUGCUGCUGGCCGUCGGAGCCGCCGCGGUGAGCGUCGGCAUCCUGCACAAGAUGAGGGAGCGCCGCGUCCUCGCCGUCCUCGUCCAGGAACGCGACCAGCAGCUCAUCUCCUUCCAAGUCCUCCUCGAGAAAGAAAAAGAAAUUAAUAAAGAAAUGAGGAGGAAAGUGGAUGAACUGGAAGCCAAAACAUCUGCCCUAAGUAUUGAGAGGGCAGAAUUGAAAAACAAGCUCAUGGAUUCAGAAACUACCACCACAUAUCUUACCAACACCCAGAAAGAAUUGGAAGCAGCUCUUGUGGAGAAAGAGAGCCAUAUCAACCAAAUGAAAGAGAGUGCAGCUGCUGCAAACACAGACCAGACAACAACUAUAAAGGAACUCCUGCAGCAGAAAGAAGCUGGGCCUGAGCUUGACAAAUCCGAAAGUUACAGUGAUUCGAUUCCUGCUACAUCAGAAGAUAAUUCCAACAGUAAUACAAUAUCAGAGAGCAGACACAAUGAUGAGAGCAUUGUAGCGGGAGCAAACACCGAAAAUGCAACUUCUGAAACUGUGGUACUUGACAAAUCUGAAAACUCCAGUGAUUCCAUACCUGUUCUGGCAGAACAGGAAAACUCCAUCAACACAAAUCCAUCAGAUAGCAGCCAGCAGGAUGAGAGCAUUGUAGUGGAAGCCAGAAACGAUAAUGCAACUUCUAACCUUGUGGUACUUGACAAAUCUGAAAACACCAAUGGUUCUGUACCUGUUACAGAAGAACAAAAUUCCUACAGCACCACUGCAUGGGAGAGCAACCAACAAGAUAACAGUUCCUCACAAGAACAGUUCUUAAAGUUAACAACCAACAUAGAAGAUGGUCAUCUUCAAGAGAACAAAGGUGAUGCCAAUGAGCAAUCAGAUGAUACUCCAGAGGGAAGCCAUUCAGAUAAAUCCGAGCUUCAACAGGGGAACCAAACACUGAUAGACAACCAGGAAGCCAGCAAAGAAGAAUCAGACAGCACAAGACAGGUGGAGAACCCUCAAGAUGAGGCCAGCAACCACAGCAGAGAAAGUAAAGUGCUGGAGAAGGAAAAUGAGAAAGAAAUAAAUCGUGAGGGCACGAGCUCAGAAGUCAGCUUGAGUGAAGCCAGCCAGAACAAAACGCAAGCAGUGGAACCUGUUGUUGACCCCACGGAUGUAAACCCCAGCACAUCCACAAAUAAUGAGAGAAGAGAAACAAGCAAGAGACAUAGAAGGAGAAGGUCUAGAUCUAGAAGGAAUAGGAAGGCCACUGUUGAGAUAGAUGCCACAGCAAACCCAUGAACUUUGGAUUGGAAAAGGCAUACUCUGAAGAGAAAUAGAGAAGAAAGAGAAUAAUAUAUGUACAACUACAUUUGUCAUUUUGUAGCUGACAGCAGCAUAAGUAACAUUAUUUUCAUAAUAUAAAUGGAUUCCUUCUGUGAACUUGAUUA